UGAUCGCAGUGACUGAAGUUGUGGAAAAUGGCGGAGACGGUGGAUGAGGCGCUCUGACCCCGUUCUAGGAGGGUGUAAUGGCGUCCUCUCACAAUGUGGUGUUACUGGUAGACGCCGCGGACUCGUCCCUGAAGAGCCGGGUCAAGCUGCUGUCCUUGCGGCUGCUGAACUUCUUGACGUGCCGUGCAGGCCUCGGCCAGGUCCGCUGGAGUUACCGCUUCUUGAAUUCGCUGGGGGGCCGGUGUAGGCCGCCGCGACGCUCCGAGCUCCGAGAACUGGGCCCCCGCAGCUGGGAUGAGUUUGAGGAGGAGCUGGAGGCCUGCUGGGAGCGGGCCCGGAGCAGCCGCAGCUCGAGUACGCAGAGCUCCCGGGCCUCCCUCACACACACCGCGCUCAUGGACACCUUGUCCGACUUCCAGUGGGACCGGCCGGACAUCACGUCUCCAGCCAAGCCGGCAGUGCUGAGGGCCCGCCGGGGAGGGCGGCUGAUGGCUGCGGAGGAGGCCCUGAAAGCAGACUCCGCCUCGGAGAUGAUGGCCAGCCCCGGCUGUAGGAACGCGGUGUUCAUCCUGUCUCCGUGCCCCCACUCCCGGGCACAGCUCACAGACUUCACAGCCCCCGGGGAGGAGGAGGCCGGCCUCCAGCAAGUGACGGACAAGCUGCUGUCCCGGGCCCUGCAGAACAUGGUCAGCAACAAGAGGGUCACCCUGUACUGGCUGGACACCUGCGACUGGGCACAGGUGUGGCAAACCUGUGAUCAUUUUGGGUACUGGACCAUGGUUGAAUUAAUGCAGCACGUUGGUGGCAAGAUAAUACCAUCUGAGUGUUUACUGGAGUCCUGCCAACAAGCCCCAGACCAUCCAUUCUCCUCCAGCAUGGUGCUAAAUAUUCCCUCUGAUUCUGUGCUGGCUUCACUUCUCAGCAGUGAGAUGGAGCAGGCAUGCUGGUUUCCACAGCAGGAUGGAGUAGUGACCUUUACGACACCUGAUGUGAAUGAUCCGUGGGAAUGUGCAGUCACCUUGGAACCAAUUUCAACAACCCAAAAGCUUAAUACAAAUGUACUGAGCAUCCAUUUAAAAGGCACCAUACAGAACUGGAAUCCGAAUCAAGCUGGGCCUCUAAGAAUGGAAAGCUGGCUGCUGCAGAGCGUGUCCAGCAGUAGUCAGUCUUCAGGCCUGCACUUCAAGCAUCUCCUGAACGCUGCCUUGUCUAAUGGACUAUUCUUGGUUGCUGAUGUAUCUGCUCCUAAAGAUUUGCUGCCCAGAACAGGCAUUCUCUCUCCUAUUGCUGAAAAUGCUGCUGUUCUUAAUGUGAUCUGUAGUGAUCCGUCUGAGAUUGACAGACUCUGUGAUGAAACUGAUCAAGACGUCUCUUCUGAUCUUCCCGAUAUUGUAAAUGCUGUUCUUAGCCAUGUCUUUAGUACUGAAGAAAACACUACAUCACCUGAAGUCUUAAUGCCAGAGUGGAUUAAACAAGAACUGUCUCAGAGUAGUCACUGGAGCUCCUCUGCUAUUGAAAGGUGGUACCCAUUAUCUGGACUGUCUGGUGCCAGCAGUAAUCUGAUGGAAUCAUUUCGGUUGAUAAGUGCAGCAUCUUUUGAUCAAGAUGACCAGAAAAGUGACCAAGAAGUAGCACAUUGCCUCUCUGAAAUUUACCAGAAGAAAACUGAUGAGUCUGGCACUACAAUACAAGGGGAGAACCAAAAGAAGCGUCUUCCUCCUACUCCUAUGAGACAGAAGAUGAAAACGAUGCCCCGUGCAUUGCAAAUGUUAAAUGCUGCCAGAUUAAAUUCAAAGGCACAGAAAUUGCAACCUGAAGGUGCCCCAGUUGAGAAGAGUUCUCAGGCCAAGAGGAGAUCUUCAGAGAAGCCUGAAGGAAAGACAAGGAAGCCAACAGGUUUCAAGUCCGAAGAGGAGCUUUGUUCCUUUUUAAUUGAGGACCAUGAUAAAAUGGUGUCUGGAGAAGAGGAUUCAUUGCUGUCAUUUGUCCGGAAUGCCUUAACCACCAUCAAGUCCUUCUUGAAAUCAGUCAACAGUAAAGACAUAGAGUCUGACUGCAUGGACAAGGUCAAACUUCUACUGAAGACCAGUAAAAUGAUAAGACAACUAUAUGGGCAAAAUCAGAACAAAGCAGCUAAACUUAGAGAAUGUCAAAUUCAAGCAUUGCUAAGACUGGAAAUUUGUGUACAGUGUCCAUCUGUCCAAACUGAUGAAGAUAGGCUGGAGCAAGUUGUUGAAGAGAUUACAGACAUGCUCCGAAUUAUUUCAUUGACAGAAGAUCCCUCAUAUUUGACCCAAUUUUUGUCUGGAGUCUUGAAAGAGUACAUAGGAAGCAUUCCCAAAAUUUUGGCAGAUAUAUAUUUCAGUCUGGGUACACAGCUUCCUGAACAGUUGAAAUUGGUCCUUCCUGCAGAUGUAGAUGAUUCAUUUAUGUUAGAUGGGAAGACUCCCGGGUAUUCUCAGUCCUCUAUCUCAAGGGUUCCAAGUGUGCCUCCAGUAAUAAAUGAAGAGGAUCAGCUCGAAGAACUGCGAACCAGAUCCGCUAAAAAGAGAAGAACGAGCACUAUGACAAGACAUAGAAGUAUAGCAGAGCCCUCACAGAGUUUGAGGCAGAUUGAACUACCAAAGAAGCCACUUACCAGGGAGAGCUCAAGCACUAAUCUUGUUGUAAUGGUUGAGAAAUUAAAAUUGCCUCUGCCAGCACAGAUCCAGAAAGAUGGUGAAGUAACCAAAGUAAGAAGAAAUUUAUUUGUCCGAGAGAAUCUCUCACCAACAAGAAGUAGUAAGAUGCUACGAAGCCAGUCUGUAUCGGCAGUGGAGGGCCUAAAGCAUAAGCGUAGCAAGAGUCAUGAUGAUACUAAAGAUCAUUAUAAACUGUUGACAAAGAAAGUGACAGAAACGCCUGCACACAAACAAAUGUCCAACAGGCUACUGUACAAGCAGAUUAAAGGCCGGCGCAGUGAGUCUACAUCAGAUGUCAGUGUUGUUGAAGAAUCUCCAGAAAAGGAUUUAAGAGAACUUGAUGUAAGGAGAAGUCCACGCCUUAAGCAGCUGGCAUUUGCAAGGAGAAACUCUUCUUUUUAUGCAUCACAGCCAAAAUCUCGUAAUCUGGAGAGAGUCCACUCUGCCACCCAGCAGAUGCUUACUGAAGUAGGCAGCGAAACCCAGCCUGAGGCUAAAACUCCUAAACGCUUGCUAUUUGGAGAGAUGUUGGGGCUCAAUAGUCCUCCAACACGACGAGCGAGAAGAAAACUGUUGGCCGAAAUAGAUCCUGGUAGCAAUAAGGUAUUGGGAAAGUCUCAGAAGUUAACUCCAAGAAAAACACAAAAGGAGCAAUCAACUGAAAAUAAUAAAUUCCUACGAAGAUCUCCACGUACACCACGCACACCAAGGACGCCUUCCAAAACUCCAGUGGAGGAGAAAAGUGUGGCUAAAAACUCGGGAAGGCUUUUCUCACCAUGUAAACUAGUGGAAAAGACUCCCUCUAAAUCAGCUGAAAGAAGAAGCGAGCGUUUGGCUCAGACAACACCUAGCACAAGCUGCUCACCAGUGAUUUGCUUAAUUUCACCAUUAAAAUCUAUAAGGCAGCCAUUUACACCUCGAAAGGAGGUAGUGGACAGGUUUCAAAAUCAGGUUUUCAAAAGUCCACAGAAAACGCCUCAGAAGGAUGCAAACACUAGCACACCUGCAAAGAGAACAUCUAUUUCUUGCACACCCAGGAAGUCUCCUAGAUUACAGAAUUUAAAUGUACAGUGUGCUACACCAACUAGGUGUGUACUUGGAACGCCGCAGAAGGUGUCUGAAACCCCAACACCAAAGAAACGAGCAAAGAAUGUUGCAUCGGUGUUACCAUUUACAGUAGAAUCCACUCCUGAAAAGGCAACUUUCUUCUCUCCUAGAAAAGCUGCAGACUGUUCUCAAUCACAAUCUGUGAAGACAUCUAAUGUAGACAUUCUGUCCAUGAGACCUUGUCCGCCUACACUAAAAACUCCUAGAAAAUCCAUCCUUAAAGAUGUUAAACCUAGUAUUCAGGAAGAUGCAGCUACUCGUGAAUACACUUUUCACGCUAUCAGCAGCAAAGCCCUUAAAGAAGCAGAUGAAGGUCCAGUAAAACUAGGUUUGCCAACUACAUCCAUUUUGCAAAAGACUUGUGAAGCUGCUAAGGUCUUGUCUCCUCCAGUUCUAAAAAGCUCUUCUAAAUACAAACUUCUGUCACCUAAUAGCAAACUUGAGCCUAUUGUGUUGUGUGAAAGGAUAGAUUUGUCCUCAUUGGAGAGCUCGGAGGGUACCCAAUCUUUUGUUAAUACCUCUCAGACGGAUGACAGUAUUGACAUAACUGAAGCUAAGAUUGUGCCAACAGAAAGCUGUGAUCUUAAGAUGAAAGUUUUAAUCAAGAGGAAAUCUUCUGAUGCAGGUUUAUUGGACCGCUUGCCAACCACACCUAAAGAUGGGGGGGAUUCUUUGUGCACGUCACCUUAUGGACUACGAUGUACUGUCGACAGAAGGCAGAGAGAAGCAGCUGCGCGUCUUGGAACACCACAGAUUCCUGCUAAGUUCUCGACUCCAAAAAGCCAGAAGAAACUCCAUCUUCCUCCCGUUUAUGAAGUUGAACUUGAGAUGCAAGCAUCUGGUUUACCCAAGCUUCGAUUUAAAAGAACAGACUCUAAUUCCACUAUUGAUAUGGGUAUUUUGCCAAAAACUACAGAGUCUCCGAGCGGACCUCGGUGUAAAAAAGGAAAUGAAAGCCCUUUUGGUGAGAAGUGGUGUAAUAAGCAUGCUAUGAAGUUGGAGUCUGCUUGUGCUUCUCCUUGCAUAAGAUCGUCCCAUAAUACACCUGGAAAAAGUGGACUGCAAACAUUUAUCUGCCAGACAUAUACACCAAAAAGGAGCACUUCCAAUACUGCUUCUCCAUCACAGACAGAGGCUGUAAGUCCAUUGACUCCAUCACCAAAAUACAAAGAUAAAAAUGGCAGUGAUGUCAUUAAUAAUUGGCCCCGGAAGAAGAAAGCAUUUCCAGUCAAAUCGGCUUGUGUUCUUAGGCAAGAAAAGGAUCAGGACUAUGUAGGCAGUGCUCUGUCAGGAGAGGAAGGCAGUCUAGAACAUGAAGUAAAUCAAUUUUCCCCUUUGGGAGACAUCAUAGUAGAAGGCGUUUCCAAGCUUCCUGAGCAGUCACCAGUCUUAGAAUGGAAAGGUCAAUCUGAAAUUGGGGCCACAUUAUUUAAAUCUAGAAAGCGAUUCUUUGAUUUCAUGUCUCCGACAAAAGACGAACCGAACUGUAAACGAUCCUGCACGUUGAGUGGUGUCUGUGAGGACAUAGAAGAAUAUGUUGUCUCAAGUCAAACACUGUCAUCAGAUAUGAGCUCCUCACAGCAAAGUUCCUGUGAAGAUGAAGUCUUCGGUAUUUCAACCUUUACCCCACCAAAUAAAGUAUUGAAAAAUUCUUUGUCAGCAAGCGGUCUUUUGGCCCUAACACAUUCACCAAUGCUGUUUAAGGGGAAAACUCCUUCAUCUAAAAGAAAGAAACAAGAUUGCGAGUCUCAAAGUAGCACUCCAGAAACAAAAAGACCAGCUCAUCAGGCUGCUAACAUGGAGGACUCUCCUUUCAGGCAACUAUCUUCAAAACGUACCAUAAGCCGAACAUAUACAAGGAAAAAUCUCAUUACUUGACGUGCAUUGAUUAUAUUUUUUUCUGAAACUCUGGCAGUCCAAAAGGUUAGGAAAGCCAUGGACAUGCAAUAACUCCUAAUCACUCAGAUGAUUGGAUUCCAGGAGAAGAAUCUAAUGUCUGGCCGGGUUUAUGAUUCUGUAACAGUGGAAGUGUAGCUGCAAGUGACGUGAUCAUAAAUUACACAGGAAGAGAAUGCAUCCUGUAAUGCAUGGGGAAUAACACCCUCCUUUAUGCAGAGGUUUGUGUAUGUUCUCUAUAGCUUCAUAUUUUUUUUAUAUAUUUUUUUUUUACCUCUGAGAGGAUGUAAACGUGUGUAAAUAUUUGAACAAGAUUUAUCUUAAUGUAUCAAUGUGUUUGUCAGAAUUUGUGUGUUUUUGGACAGAUGUGUAGUUUGUAUAUAAAGCAGUGUUAAAAUCUAUAUAUACCAUAUUGGAAAUGUAAAAUUUUUAAAUAAGGUACUUUUGUAACA